UGGAACCUGAAACAACACGAGAAAAUACACACAAGGGAGAAGCCUUACCACUGCUCCCAGUGUGGAAAGAGUUUUAAGCUUUUAGGAACCCUUAAAGCUCACGAGAAAAUACACACAGGGGAGAAGCCUUACCACUGCUCCCAGUGUGGAAAGAGUUUUAAGCUUUUAGGAACCCUUAAAGCCCAUGAGAGAAUACACACAGGGGAGAAGCCUUACCACUGCUCCCAGUGUGGAAAGAGUUUCAAACGGCCUUGUCAUCUGAAACAACAUGACAGAAUACACACAGGGGAGAAGCCUUACCACUGCUCCCAGUGUGGAAAGAGUUUUAAGCUGUUAGGAACCCUUAAAGCCCAUGAGAGAAUACACACAGGGGAGAAGCCUUAUCGCUGCUUCCAGUGUGGAAAGUGUUUCAGCCGUUCAGGGGAGCUGAAACGACAUGAGAGAAUACACACAGUAGAGAAGCCUUACCACUGCUCCCAGUGUGGAAAGUGUUUCAAACGGCCUUGGCAUCUGAAACGACAUGAGAGAAUACACACAGGGGAGAAGCCUUACCACUGCUCCCAGUGUGGACAGUGUUUCAACCAGAAAGGACACCUGAACCAACACGAGAGAAGACACACAGGGGAGAAGCCUUAUCACUGCUCCCAGUGUGGAAAGAGCUACAAACGGCCUUGUCAUCUGAAACAACACGAGAGAAUACACACAGGGGAGAAGCCUUACCACUGCUCCCAGUGUGGAAAGUGUUUCAGCUGUUCAGGGGAGCUGAAACGACAUGAGAGAAUACACACAGGGGAGAAGCCUUACCAAUGCUCCCAGUGUGCACAGUGUUUCAGCCAGAAAGGAAGCCUGACCCAACACGAGAGAAUACACACAGGGGAGAAGCCUUACCACUGCUCCCAGUGUGGAAAGAGUUUUAAGGUGUUAGGAAACCUUAAAGCUCAUGAGAGAAUACACACAUGGGAGAAGCCUUACCACUGCUCCCAGUGUGGAAAGUGUUUCCGCCGUUCAGGGGAGCUGAAACAACAUGAGAGAAUACACACAGGGGAGAAGCCUUACCACUGCUCCCAGUGUGGAAACAGUUUCAAACGGCCUUGUCAUCUGAAACGGCACGAGAGAAUACACACAGUAGAGAAGCCUUACCCAGUGUCGAAAGAGUUUUAAGGGUUUAGGAAACCUUAAAGCACAUGAGAGAAUACACACAGGGGAGAAGCCUUACCACUGCUCCCAGUGUGGACAGUGUUUCAGCCAGAAAGGACACCUGAACCAACACGAGAGAAUACACACAGGGGAGAAGCCUUACCACUGCUCCCAGUGUGGAAAGUGUUUCAGCCAGUCAGGGGAGCUGAAACAACAUGAGAGACUACACACAGGGGAGAAGAAACAGCAUGAGAAAAUACACAGAGGGGAGAAGCCUUACCACUCCUCCCAGGGUGCAACGUUUUUGCCCAUUUAGGAAGCCUGAAAGAACACAGGUGAAUUCACCAAUUUGUAAGUCGCUCUGGAUAAGAGCGUCUGCUAAAUGACUUAAAUGUAAAAAUGUAAAAACACAUGAGACUACACACAGAGGAGAAGGCUUAGAAAUUGCUCAGACUGGGAAAACAUAUUACUCAUCACAGUCACUUGAACGUCAUGAGAGAAUCCACACAGAAGAGAAGAAUUACUUGUAUAUUGAUAUUUCACAUCUCAUUGACUUAAAAUUCAUCAGAGAACAUACACAGUGCUCUCAUUGUCUUAUAUUGUUGACUGAUAAUGUGUUUACUUGUUUUUACCGUAUGAAAUUAAAUGGUACAAGGUAUACUCAAACAUAUAUUUGUUUGUUUUUAUUAGAAAACAUGACUUUAAUAUGGAGUCUGUCAUUUUGAAUAUAGAGUAGAUCAGAUUCCAUGUGUUUAAAUGGUCCUUUUAAAACUCUGACUGUGUGUUUAUCUGGGUGUGUCAUUC